GCUGAAUAAUGGUCACCUCUCUGGCAGAAAACUAGCCGCACUGGGCAGUCGAACCUUGACUCGUCGAUGUAACUCAACCAACGAGCCCGUCGUGCGUCGUGUGCACGGCACUUAUAAAACCCGGAUGUGUCUUGCAAUGAUCGACAUGUUAAUAUUCCCCUUACCCGAGUGUCGUUCAGCGUAAUCGCAGCAGGCUUCGACAGACUCGCAGAGGUACACCUCCGUCACCCGGCCUCUUUACCCAUCCCAACGCAGCUCGCCGUCAUGGUGCACACCGUGGGUAUUUCGGGUCCAAACGGCAACGUUGGCAAAGCGACUCUCCCCCUCCUCGUCGCCGCUGCGCAACAGGGAAAGAUCAAGCUGGCCAUUCUCCAUCGUAAAGGCCAUGUCCCGUCCCAAGCUCCAGCACACGAGAACAUCGAACUCAGGGCCAUCAACUACGAGGAUUCCGUGGACCAACUCGCGCGGAAGAUGCAAGGGAUCAAUGUGUUCAUUUCAUGCGUUGGCUUCGAGGGCAUCCCGUAUGAAGCCAAGGUCGUCGAGGCUCUUUCUCGCUCUCCCGACCUCGUCACAUACAUCCCCUGCAGCUACUCCGCCAGGUGGAGCCAGGCAGAGCUCCACGACCCUGCCCUCGGGCCCAUACUCAACUUCAUGUACACUGGCGUGAACAAGGCGAAGGAACUGGGCCUCUCUGUCACGACAUUCUACACCGGUGUCUUUGACCUCUACUGGUUCGAGUAUGGCUUCAUCGGUGCUCCCCUGAAGGAAAACACCGUCUGGGCCAAUUCAAAGCAGCUUGCCAACCCCUUUCCAAUCACGGUGAUGGAGCAUCUGGGUGCUGCCCUGGCUCGCGUAGCAACAUCUGAUCCCAGCUCCAUCAAGGGCCAGCAAUACUCUGUUGUGACCUUUUCGCCUACAGGCAACGAGCUUGUCGAGCUGUAUACGAAGCUGAACGGUGCGCCGACCAAGGUCAAAGACUUCACUGAUGCAGAUCGUGCGGCCCUCAGAGCGGAUGCGGAGAAUAACGGGGCCAUCAGAGCAGGCUAUUGGGACCACUGGGCGGGCAAUACAUGGGCAUACGAAGCGGAUGGCAUCACAGGUGACAAGAACUACCAGGGCCCGAGUUUGGAAGAGGUUGGGCGGCGGUUCUUGUAGGUUGCACUCGUCAUGGUGGGGUUUGCGUGCAAUGAUAAGGUAGAAGUUGAUGGUAUUUAUUCAUGGCUGCUGUCUGUCGUGAAGGGCGGCAAGGCUCUAACCGCUUUCGAUGCGCCAAGCGGAGA